AUGACCGACACAUCCUCAACAAUCGGGAGCACAACAGCAGGCCUUCAGAAUAAUUCUCUCCUGAUGGAUGAACAACAACAAGAUGGUUACGUUACGGAGCAAGUGGAGGAAUCCAUGAUUGCCAGUAGUAUGGGAGAUGUCUCAAUGAUUCAACCACCACCAGUCAUUGAAAUUGAUCUUCCUCCGGAAUUGAUUAAGGAAUAUACAGACGGAUUUAAAUUAUAUGAACAAAAGAAAACUAUUAAACCAUCAAAACCAACACCUGUUGUGGCAGACAAGGAUCCAAAAGCUAAGGGAGCAGUAAAGAAGGAGGAUCCAAAGGUAAAGAAAGUUGCUGAUAAGAAGGGAGCUGCUGCACAAGUAGAGGAACCUCCACCAGGUCCUCAGUAUGAUUUUACAUUGUUGAAGGGACACGUUUUAUUGUCGGAUCUAUUGACUCUGAUGCGAGGUCUGUUGAAGAAUCCAAAAGAGAGUGAAUUGAAUCAAUAUUUGAGUGUUCUUCCAAAUUGUGAUGAGGUAAUAGAGAGGAAACAAGUUACAUUGGAUGAAUUUUUGAAAAUUAUGGCAUUGAAUGAUUUACCAGAUCAGAAUACUCACUUUGAUAUUUUGGAUGCUUUUGAAACUUUUGAUACAGAUUUUAAGGGAGAUAUUGAUCCAGAAACUUUGAGAAAUGUCUUAUUAACGAUGGGAGAUAAGGAAUUGGUUACUAAAGAAGAAGUAGAUGAAAUUGUAAAUACGUUUUGUAAUAGAACAACCAAGGCAAUUUAUUAUGAUGAUAUUAUCAAGACUUGCCUUUCCAAUACCGAGCAAAACAUGUCAACAAUGGCAACUGUUAUUUCUGCAACAACAGCUAAAUCACCAACGUUAAAAGAGAAGAAGAAACCAGAACCAACAAAACCAAUAAGAAGAUAAAACUAUUGAAUUUAAUUUGUAU